CUUAUACUGCUCCAAACUGGGGAGGGAAAAUAUCCACAUUUACUACUUCCAGACCUACUACAAGAUUUAUACCCUAAUUGGAUUAUUCUUCAUGGAUUGGGAUAAGGGGACAGGAUGGUAUAAUGACUUCUUUGGUACAUCUAUCUGCAUCCUUUGUCUGUCACCUGGACAGUGACAUGUGCAAGGUGAGUGGGUGGAGCUCUAUGUCGUAAGAGCUCCUGGCAUGAAGCAUCAGGAAAAGACAUUCGGCUGUCCACGCCUUAUAAUGACAGCAAGGGCAUCUACCUGCUCACUCUGACCAGCACCAUCCUCGAUAAGACACAGGUGAGCACCUUUCCUAUUUUUUUCUUGGAAGUUCCACAGUGUCUUGGGUGGAGGCACCAUUAAACAUCGACCAUGAGGAUUCAUUACCUGCUCUUUUUCUUCUUCUUCUUGUUCCUGGUGCCUGCUCCAGGCGAAAGUUGGUUGCUGGAACGAAUAAACAACAUGUACUGUAAAGUGAGGCAGGGCAGAUGCAGAUUUAUUAGAUGUACCAGCAAAGAAGAAAAUAUUGGAACCUGUUCACUGGGCCGCCGAAAAUGCUGCCGCAAGAAGAAAUGAGAGACCAGACAGAGCUUCGAGGUGCAGAAAUCUUCAGCAAAAAGUGGUCAAGAGAAAUCUGUGCAAUUUAAAUUCACUUGCAUUAUUUCGAUUAAGAAGGAAAAAUCUUGAAUGCCUGUAGCCAAAGGUGGCUUGCCCUUUCCCACUCAGAGACAACCAUAUCUGAAUUGGAUUGAAGUUCCUUUCUUGGUAACUCUAUCUUACCCUACUUUGUUCAAUAUUUAUUGGUUGACAUGGUAGAUUUAGGGCAUAAUCUCCUUGAAGAUAGGUUUUCUAUGUUUUUCAUAUAUGUAGGCAUCCUAUGCAGAGCAAUAAUUAAUAAAAGUUUAUCGAAUUG